AUGGGUGAUAUUUAUUUACGUUCAAUGAUGGAAGUACUUCAAAGUGAUCGAUUUACAGUUUUACUAAUUUUUGGUAUGUUGCCUGCUAUUAUUCUCGGUUCAGGAUCAAUUGCAACAAUACUUGUGAAUAGGCAUGGAUAUCGAAGGAUAACAAUAAUUGAUGCAUGUCUAGCUGCUCUUGGACUUUUUGGAAGUUCUUUCUAUGCAAAUAUCUGA